AUGGGGGAUGCCAAAGGAGUACGCAAUUCGUGGGGCGGGGGGCUACCUUCAUACAGGCAGUUUGAUGCAGAUGAUGAACCGAGGGUGCGCGAGGCGCCUGUGUAUGUUCCUCAGUCUCCUUCCUUGACGGGAAGAGUGCCGCAGUCUCCUUCACUGGCAGGAAGGGUACCACAGUCCCCCUCUUUAGCAGGGAGACGACAUUCUAUUUCUGCCGUGCAGUUCCCUGACACUCCCAAACAGAAAAGUUUGCAGUCUCCCACAUUUGUCAGCAAGGUUCUUAAAGUUAAGGACCGUCUCUCUAGUGCACGAGAGGAAUGCAUAGAGCUCCGACAAGAGGCUAGUGACUUACAAGAAUAUUCAAAUGCCAAAAUUGAACGGGUGACCAGAUACUUGGGAGUUCUUGCUGAGAAGGCUCGCCGAUUAGACGAGGUAGCUCUGGAUUCAGAGUCUCGAGUGACUCCAUUGAAGAAAGAAAAGAAGAAGCUUUUUAACGAGUUAGUCUCUGCAAAAGGAAACGUCAGAGUUUAUUGCAGAGCUAGACCACAAUUUGAGGAUGAAGGCCCCUCUUCUACGACUUAUCCUGAUGACUUCACGCUUCGUCUCAACUCUAACGUUACAGCUGCUCCUAACAAGGAUUUCGAGUUGGACCGCAUUUAUGGUCCACACAUCUCUCAAGCCGACAUCUUUCAAGACCUCCAGCCUCUUGUACAGUCUGCACUGGAUGGCUUUAACGUGUCUAUAUUUGCUUAUGGUCAAACCGGAGCAGGAAAAACUUUUACUAUGGAAGGACCAAGUCAUGACCGAGGGUUAUACUACCGAGUCUUGGAAGAGCUCUUUGAUCUGGUUAACUCAGAAGCCACUCCAACUUCAAGCACGUCAUUCUUUGUCACAAUGUUCGAGCUUUACAAUGAACAGGUCCGGGACCUCCUGAAAGCUCCAGACAACAGGGGUGCCUCCACAGUCCUGUUUGGGGAACCGGGGCGUGGUGUUGAGUUGGUGGAUGAGCGUUUAGACAGUCCAUCUGGAUUUGCCCGAAUAUUCAAGUUUGGAAAGCAAAUGCGAGCAAAUGUGGAUGGAGUGAAGUUUGAUCGCAGCAGCCGCUCGCACUUAGUGGUGACGAUUCACAUUCACAGUUCAGAUUCUUUAACUGGAGAGGAGCAUUACAGCAAGCUAUCAAUGGUGGAUUUGGCUGGUAGUGAGCGUCUCAACAAGGCCGAAGCUAACGGAGACCGUUUGACAGAGUCAUUGCACAUUAACAAAUCUCUAUCCGCUCUGGGUGAUGUCUUGUCUGCACUGACCACGAAGAAAGAUUAUAUUCCUUACGACCAUUCGAAGCUGACUGAACUUCUUUACGAUUCUCUUGGAGGAGACUCAAAGGCAGUUCUAAUUGCGAAUGUUAAUCCCAGUAAUGCGGAAGUACAAGAAACCAUCGCAACUUUGAAUUUUGCAUCUCGUGCUCGUAGUGCCGAGAUCAGUUUGGGUAAUCGAGAUACAAUUAAGAAGUGGAGAGACAUGGCAAGUGAAGCUCGCAAAGAAUUAUAUGAGAAGGAGAAAGAGGCAACAGAGGCCCUUGGUGAAGUGAUGCAGUUAAAGCGCGCUUUGAAGGAAUCAGAUGACCAGUGCUUACUAUUAUUUGGUGAGGUUCAGAAGGCAUGGAAGUUGGCUAGCUCCCUACAAGCUGAUCUCACCAGUCAUGAAUCAUAUAUUAACAAGCUUCAGUUGGAAAACGAUAGACUGAGCGAGCAGAGCAUCAGAGAUAAAGAGCAGUAUACGAAUGUGUUGACACAGUUAACGACAUUCACAACGCGAGAAGAGCAAUAUCAGUCGCAGAUUAAGGAGCGCAGUGCAAGGAAUGAGGCACUUGAAGUAAGGGUGCAGGUGCUGGAACAGCAACUAAACGAAGCUAGAGUUGCUGCGGCCAGAACUUUGCCUGCUAGGCCAGAUAACUCCGCAGAGUUGCAACGGCUGCGUGAAGAAACCGAAAAUGCUUUGGACAUGAAUCAGAAACUCGAAGAGGAGCUCUCCAAGCGAGACGAGCUUAUCGAGAGACUACAUCAAGAGAAUGAGAAGCUUUUCGAGCGACUGACGGAUAGGAGUAUGACUACAAUUAGCUCACCAAGGGUUUCAUCCACUCCGAAGAUUCCACGUGCGGAGUCAAGGGGCAUGGAUGAUUUCAACUUGGACGGUGGAUUCGUAAGUGCUACUGCAGUGCCAGGUUCUCCAGACAUGCGAUCAUCCAGUAGUAUGAGGGAAUCAGCUGGCCCACCAUCCUCUCCGGGAGGUAGUGGUGCAUUGCUUAAGUAUGGCUCGGGAGAGUCAGUAAAAUCAACACCAGCAGGAGAAUAUUUGACAGCUGCUUUGAUGGAUUUCAAUCCAGCCCAGUACGAAAGUGAUGCAGCAAUUGCUGAUGGUGCCAACAAACUUCUGAUGCUGGUUUUGGCAGCUGUAAUUAAGGCAGGGGCAUCUCGUGAGCAUGAGAUGCUUGCAGAAAUUCAAGGAGCUGUGUUCGGAUUCUUGCAUAAAAUGGAAAAUUUAUUGGUUAUGGACACCAUGCUUGUUUCCCGUGUGCGGAUUCUGUACAUUCGCUCACUUCUGUCCAGGGCACCGGAGCUACAAUCCCUCAAGGUUCCGCCUGUUGAAAGGUUUUUGGAAAAAGCAGGGUCAGGAUCAGCAACUGGAUCUGGUAGUGGACGUAGCAGUCGUAAUUCAAGUCUCGGAAGUAGUCCCCAGAGAUCGCCUGCUCAUCGGAACAAAGGCGCGGACGACUAUGGGCCUGGAUUUAAAGUUAGUCUUAGACAAGAGAAACGUUCAAAGUUUUCUUCUCUAGUCUCAAAGUUAAUGGGAAACGGGGAUCAGGAUAAUGGGCGACCACAUGUAACGGAAGGGAAGUUAAAAGAGACAACAGAAGAAGCACGCGCUUUUGCAAUUGGCAAUAAGGGACUUGCUUCACUCUUCGUGCACACCCCGGCUGGUGAGCUGCAGCGUCAGAUUCGAGGGUGGCUUGCUGAGAAUUUUGAUUUCUUGUCGCUGACUGGUGAAGAAUCGAUAGGAGGGGUAACCAGUCAUUUGGAGCUCCUUUCAACAGCUAUUCUAGAUGGCUGGAUGUCCGGUCUUGGAGUUCCAGCCCAACCCAGUACUGAUGCUUUGGGUCAACUUUUGUCUGACUACACUAGCAUGGUCUACACUCGCCAGCUUCAGCACCUAACGGAUGUGGCAGCUACAUUGGCAACUGAGGAAGCAGAGGACGCGGCUCAGGUUACUAAGUUGCGGUCAGCUUUAGAAUCUGUAGAGCACAAGCGCCGCAAGGUCUUGAUGCAGAUGCGCACUAACGUAGCACUUCUAUCGAAAGAUGAUGCUACCUCACCAACUCGUAGUUCAUCAAUGGAUACAGAGAAUGUUCGAAUUGCAUCACUCAUGUCCCUUGACGAUUUUUUCAAGCAGGCUGAGGAAAUUUACAGGGAUGCUCCUCAUGGUACAACUACUGUGAACAAGAAGAUGACUUAUUUGAGGCGACUUGAUGCUCUUGAGGAGCGCAUGAGCACACUCCUCUCCAUCGACCAACCAUGUGCUAACAAAUGUAUUAUGGACGCAAGGAAAUUCGUCGAAUCACUGGAAGAGCAGCAAGUGGUCUCUGGUGGUCGGCAUUCGAGAUCUCGCACGAUGGAUGAGCUUGAUGCUUCCGGUAAUAUUGGUCAGUGGGACGAGGCAAUGAACAACGGAGUUGAGAGCGAAGUUGUUCAAUGGAGUGUUUUGCAAUUCAAUAAUGGAUCUGCAACCCCAUUCGUGAUCAAGUGUGGCGCAACAUCAAACCUAGAACUUGUCGUCAAAGCGCAGGCGAAAAUGCAAGAAAAGAAUGGGAAGGAAAUCGUCGCUGUUGUUCCGGUGCCCUCCGUUCUGGAUGGGUUGUCAGUAGAGACCAUACGGCAAACUAUAUCGCACCUCCCGGAGUCAUUUCUUCAGUUGGCUAUGGCCAGGACUGCAGAUGGCACCAGAGCACGAUAUACCAGGUUAUACAAGACACUAGCAAUCAGAGUCCCAGGAUUAAAACAUGUCGUGGAGGAGCUUGAGGAAACAUCAAUGUCGAAAUAAACUUUCAUUGCAAUGGCCGUAGUGUGCAAGUCUCAUCGAUCUUGGCAUGAAGUCAUUGACCGGAUUCUUAGAGUCGUACUGACAGGAUCUAGCAUGUGAUAUCCGUCCUGCAACGUGCUUUUGUCAUCCGAAGGAGACCUUGUGUCAACGUCGAUUCAUCAUCGUUUGGAUUACAGGUUUAGGGAAUUGCUUGAGAUUGAGCAUUGUUUUAGCGAGAUUGGUUGGGUGCAGUCAGCUCCCUGUACUCUGUUCAUAAUUUUAGUAGCAAGGGAUGAAGAUGUGGAUUGCUCUUGUGUGAACUGGGUUGUGUCCUUUUAGUGUAGUGAAUUGUCUAUAUACAGAGCAGGUAUUUGUGUACUACUCAGGCUUAUCUCGUGUGAUAAUUAUCACAUGUAAGGCAGUUGCUUCACAACUUUUUUUGUAACAUAUAGGUGAAGGGGAACUUCAUACGUGAGGUGCAGAUUGACCAUCAUCAUCUAGCUCUUCAAAUGUGGGCUGCA